AUGGACACUGAGGAGAGCAGGUGGGUCCGCGUGACCGUGCUCCCGGGCUGCGUGGGCUGCAGGACCGUGGCGGUGCCGGCGACCGCGACCGCGCGCGACCUCAAGGAGCGCAUCUUCGCCCAGACCGGCCUCCCGGUGGCGGAGCAGCGGCUGUGGCGCGGCGACCGGGAGUUGUCUGACUGGAUCAAGAUUGGAGAUUUGACUUCCAGAAAUGGUCAACUUUUUGUCAGCCUUCAACCAAAAGGCUUGAAAGGAGGAGGUCGGUUUGGUCAGACAACGCCUCCACUGGUUGACUUUCUCAAGGACAUCUUGAGAAGAUACCCAGAAGGAGGGCAGAUCCUUAAGGAACUAAUUCAGAAUGCUGAAGAUGCUGGGGCCACAGAAGUUAAGUUUUUAUAUGAUGAAACUCAGUAUGGAACGGAGACCCUGUGGUCGAAAGAUAUGGCACAAUAUCAGGGGGCAGCACUGUACGUGUACAACAAUGCGGUUUUCACCCCAGAGGACUGGCAUGGCAUCCAGGAGAUAGCAAGAAGCAGGAAAAAGGACGACCCCUUGAAGGUUGGAAGAUUUGGAAUUGGGUUUAAUUCUGUCUACCACAUAACAGAUGUCCCGUGCAUCUUCAGUGGUGACCAGAUUGGGAUGUUAGACCCUCAUCAAACACUUUUUGGCCCACACGAAUCUGGCCAAUGUUGGAAUCUGAAAGAUGACAGCAAAGAAAUUAGUGCACUUUCAGACCAAUUUGCCCCCUUCAUUGGUAUUUUUGGAAGCACCAAGGAAACGUUUAUAAAUGGCACUUUUCCAGGAACAUUUUUCCGCUUCCCUCUUCGCUUGCAACCUUCUCAACUGAGUAACAAUCUUUACAAUAAACAGAAGGUUCUCGAGCUCUUUGAAUCUUUCCGGGCAGAUGCAGACACUGUGCUGCUUUUCUUAAAGAGUGUACAGGAAGUCUCUUUACAUGUCCGAGAGGCAGAUGGGACAGAGAAACUGAUAUUUAGAGUGACUGCAAGUGAGAAUAAGGGCAUGAAACUUGAACGGCCGAAUUCCAUCAAGAUUCUGGAAACUGCUAUAAGUAAUUACUGUAAAAAGAUCCCAAGCAAUAGCAUCACCUGUGUGACAUAUCAUAUAAACAUUGUUUUAGAGGAUGAGAGUACAAAGGAUGCUCAGAAGACAUCUUGGUUGGUAUGUAACAGUGUGGGUGGGCGGGGGAUCAGUGGUCAGCUGGACACUCUAGCUGAUGAACUGAAGUUUGUCCCCAUCAUAGGAAUAGCCAUGUGUUUAUCAGGCCACGAAGAAGAAAGAGGAGCAGUAGCUGAUUUCUCAGGAAAAGCAUUUUGUUUUCUUCCUUUACCUCCUGGCGAAGAGAGCAGAACGGGACUCCCAGUUCACAUCAGUGGCUUCUUUGGCUUGACUGACAACCGUCGGAGCAUCAAGUGGAGAGAGCUGGACCAGUGGAGAGAUCCUGCUGCUUUCUGGAAUGAACUUCUGGUCGUGAAUGUUGUCCCCAAAGCUUAUGCCACUCUGAUCUUAGAUUCCAUAAACCGCCUACAGGCAGAAAAAAGUACUGACUUCCCUUUGUCAGUUGAUGUCAUCUAUAAGCUUUGGCCUGAGGCCAGCAAAGUCAAAGUGCACUGGCAGCCAGUGUUGGGGCCCCUGUUCAGUGAGCUGUUCCAGAAUGCUGUGAUUUACUCAGUUAGCAAUGAUUGGGUCAAGUUGGAGCAGGUGUGCUUCACAGAACUUGAUGAGAGCUUGGCAUAUACAAAAUCUGUACUCAACUACCUCCAGAGUUCAGGGAAGCAGAUUGCCAAGGUACCAGUGAAUCUGGCCACUGCUGUGGAGCUCAGUGCUGCUGCCUCCUCCAGCGGGACACCCGUGAGGAAGGUGACGCCUACGUGGGUGCGACAGGUGCUGAGGAAGUGUGCGCACUUGGGCAGUGCUGAAGAAAAGCUCCACCUUCUAGAAUUUGUGCUUUCUGACCAAGCCUACAGUGAGCUGCUUGGGCUAGAACUGCUCCCUUUACAAAAUGGAAAUUUUGUCCCCUUCUCCUCAUCUGUAUCAGAUCAAGAUGUUAUUUAUAUUACCUCACAAGAAUAUCCAAGGUCCCUUUUUCCAGGUCUUGAAGGAAGACUUAUUUUGGAUAACUUGAAGCCUCACCUUCUAGCUGCUUUAAAGGAAGCUGCCCAAACUCGAGGAAGACCAUGUACUCAACUGCAGCUUCUCAAUCCAGAGAGAUUUGCACGUCUUAUUAAAGAAGUAAUGAAUGCAUUCUGGCCUGGCAGAGACUUGAUUGUUCAGUGGUAUCCAGUCAAUGAAGAGAAGCAUCAUCCACCUGUUUCAUGGCUUAAGAUGGUUUGGAAGAAUCUCUAUAUUCAUUUUUCAGAGGAUUUGACACUAUUUGAUGAGAUGCCUCUUAUCCCCAGAACUACACUAGAUGAAGGUCAGACAUGUGUGGAACUCCUUAGACUCAGGAUCCCAUCAGUAGUCAUUUUAGAUGAUGAAACUGAAGCACAGCUUCCAGAAUUUUUAGCAGACAUUGUACAAAAACUUGGAGGAAUUGUCUUGAAAAAAUUAGAUGCCUCUAUACAGCACCCACUCAUUAAAAAGUAUGUCCACUCACCGUUACCAAGUGCUAUUUUACAGAUAAUGGAAAAGAUACCAUUGCAGAAAUUGUGUAAUCAAAUUGCUUCACUACUUCCAACACACAAAGAUGCUUUGAGGAAGUUCUUGGCUAGCUUAACAGAUAGCAGUGAAAAGGAGAAAAGAAUAAUUCAAGAAUUGACCAUAUUCAAGCGAAUUAACCACUCAUCUGAUCAGGGAAUUUCUUCUUACACCAAACUGAAAGGUUGCAAAGUCUUACACCAUACUGCCAAACUUCCACCGGAGCUACGGCUUUCAAUUUCAGUAAUAGACUGUAGUGAUGAAGCCACCUUUCGCUUGGCAAACAUGUUAAAAAUUGAGAAACUAAAGACGACUAGCUGUUUAAAACUUGCUUUAAAAGAUAUCGAGAGUGCAUUUUAUUCACAUGAAGAGGUAACACACCUUAUGUUAUGGAUCCUUGAGAACCUAGCUUCUCUUAAAAAUGAGAAUCCAAAUGUACUUGAUUGGUUAAUGCCAUUAAAAUUCAUUCCAACUUCACAAGAACGGAUGGUAUCAGCUAAUGAACUCUUUGAUCCUGAUAUAGAAAUCCUAAAGGAUCUCUUUUACAAAGAAGAAGAAACCUGCUUUCCACCUGCAGACUUUACCUCACCAGAUAUCCUGCACUCUUUGAGACAGAUUGGUUUAAAAAACGAGUCUAAUCUCAAAGAGAAUGAUGUCAUGCAAGUGGCAAAAAAAAUUGAAGCUUUACUGACCAGUUCUUGUUCAAAUCAAGAUGUGCUGAAGAAAGCCAAAACACUUUUAUUGAUUUUAAAUAAGAAUCAUUCACUCUUGCAGUCUUCUGAAGGAAAAGUGACACUAAAGAAAAUAAAAUGGGUCCCAGCCUGCAAGGACAGGCCUCCAAAUUAUCCAGGGUCUUUAGUCUGGAAAGGAGAUCUCUGUGAUCUUUGUGCACCUCCAGAUAUGUGCGAUGUGGCCCAUGCAAUCCUAGUUGGCUCAUCACUUCCUCUUGUUGAGAGUAUCAGUGUAAACUUGGAAAAAACAUUAGGGAUCUUCACCAAACCUAGCAUUGGUGCUGUCUUGAAACACUUUAAAACUGUUGUUGACUGGUAUACUUCAAAAACCUUUAGUGAUGAAGACUACUAUCAAUUCCAACAUAUUUUGCUUGAAAUUUACGGAUUCAUGCAUGAUCAUUUGAAUGAAGGGAAAGAUUCUUUUCAGGCCUUAAAAUUUCCAUGGGUUUGGACUGGUAAAAAAUUUUGUCCUCUUGCCCAAGCUGUGAUAAAACCAAUCCAUGAUCUGGACCUCCAGCCUUAUUUACAUAACGUGCCUAAAACCAUGGCAAAAUUUCACCAGCUGUUUAAGGCGUGUGGCUCAAUAGAAGAAUUGACAUCAGAUCAUAUUUCCAUGGUCAUUCAGAAGGUGUAUCUCAAAAGUGAUCAAGAUCUCAGUGAACAAGAAAGCAAACAAAAUCUUCAUCUCAUGUUGAAUAUUAUCAGAUGGCUGUAUAGCAAUCAAAUUCCAGCAAGCCCCAAUACACCAGUUCCUAUACAUCACAGCAAAAAUCCUACUAAACUUAUCAUGAAGCCAAUUCAUGAAUGCUGUUAUUGUGACAUCAAAGUUGAUGACCUCAAUGACUUGCUUGAAGAUUCCGUGGAACCAAUCAUUUUGGUGCAUGAGGACAUACCCAUGAAAACUGCAGAAUGGCUGAAAGUACCUUGCCUCAGCACAAGAUUGAUCAAUCCUGAAAACAUGGGAUUUGAGCAGUCCGGACAAAGAGAACCACUUACUGUAAGAAUUAAGAACAUUCUGGAAGAAUAUCCUUCUGUGUCAGAUAUUUUUAAAGAGCUCCUUCAAAAUGCUGAUGAUGCAAAUGCAACAGAAUGCAGUUUUAUGAUUGAUAUGAGAAGAAACAUGGACAUAAGAGAGAAUCUUCUGGACCCAGGGAUGGCAGCUUGCCAUGGACCUGCUUUGUGGUCAUUCAAUAAUUCAGAGUUCUCAGAUUCAGAUUUUGUGAAUAUAACCAGGCUAGGAGAAUCUUUAAAAAGAAGUGAAGUGGAUAAAGUUGGAAAGUUUGGUCUUGGGUUUAAUUCUGUGUACCACAUCACUGACAUUCCCAUCAUCAUGAGCCGAGAAUUCAUGAUAAUGUUUGAUCCGAACAUAAACCAUAUCAGUAAGCACAUUAAAGAUAAAUCUAAUCCUGGGAUCAAGAUUAACUGGAGUAAGCAACAGAAAAGGCUUAGGAAAUUUCCUAAUCAGUUCAAGCCAUUUAUUGAUGUAUUUGGCUGUCAGUUACCUUUGACUGUAGAAACACCUUAUAGCUACAGUGGGACUCUUUUCCGACUGUCCUUUAGAACCCAACAGGAAGCAAAAGUGAGUGAGGUUAGCAGUACCUGCUAUAAUACAGCAGAUAUUUACUCCCUUGUGGAUGAGUUUAGUCUCUGUGGACACAGGCUUAUCAUUUUCACUCAAAGUGUUAACUCGAUGUAUUUGAAGUACUUGAAGAUUGAGGAAACCAAUCCCAGCUUAGCACAAGAUACAAUAAUAAUUAAGAAAAAAUCCUGUUCCUCCAAAGCUUUGAGUGUCUCUUCUUUGAGUGUAUUAAAAGAAGCUGCCAAGCUCAUGAAGACUUGUAGCAACAGUAAUAAAAAACUUCCCACCGAUGCACCCAAGUCAUCUUGCAUCCUUCAGAUCACAGUAGAGGAAUUUCACCAUGUGUUCAGAAGGAUUGCUGAUUUACAGUCACCACUGUUCAGAGGUCCAGAUGAUGACCCAGCUGCUCUCUUUGAAAUGGCUAAGUCUAGCCAAUCAAAAAAGCCAUCGGAUGAAUUGCCACAGAAAACUGUAGAUUCUACCACAUGGCUUAUUUGCACCUGUAUGGACACAGGAGAGGCACUUAAAUUUUCUCUGAAUGAAAGUGGAAGAAGGCUGGGGCUGGUUCCUUGUGGGGCUAUAGGGGUUCUGCUGUCUGAAAUCCAGGACCAGAAGUGGACUGUGAAACCACACAUUGGAGAGGUGUUCUGCUACUUACCUUUACGAAUAAAAACAGGGCUGCCAGUUCACAUCAAUGGAUGCUUUGCUGUGACUUCCAAUAGAAAAGAAAUCUGGAAGACUGAUACAAAAGGACGAUGGAAUACCACCUUCAUGAGACAUGUUAUUGUGAAAGCUUAUCUGCAGGCACUCAGUGUCUUGCGGGACCUGGCCAUUGCAGGGGAACUAACUGAUUAUACCUACUAUACUGCCUGGCCUGAUCCUGAUUUAGUUCAUGAUGAUUUCUCUGUGAUUUGUCAAGGAUUUUAUGAAGAUAUAGCUCAUGGAAAAGGGAAGGAUUUGACCAAAGUUUUCUCUGAUGGAUCCACAUGGGUUUCCAUGAAAAAUGUGAGAUUUCUAGAUGAUUCUAUACUUAAAAGGAAAGAUGUUGGCCCAGCAGCCUUCAAGAUAUUUCUGAAAUAUCUUAAGAAGACUGGCUCCAAAAACCUUUGUGCUGUUGAACUUCCUUCUUCAGUGAAACUAGGGUUUGAAGAGGCUGGGUGCAAACAGAUACUGCUUGAAAAUACAUUUUCAGAGAAACAGUUUUUUUCAGAAGUGUUUUUUCCAAAUAUUCAAGAAAUUGAAGCAGAACUUAGAGAUCCUUUAAUGAACUAUGUUUUAAAUGAAAAACUUGAUGAGUUCUCUGGGAUUCUUCGAGUUACUCCAUGUAUUCCUUGCUCCUUGGAGGGGCAUCCUUUAGUUUUACCAUCAAGACUGAUCCACCCUGAGGGACGAGUUGCAAAGUUAUUUGACACUAAAGAUGGACGGUUUCCUUAUGGUUCUGCUCAGGACUACCUGAAUCCUAUUAUUUUAAUUAAGCUAGUUCAAUUAGGCAUGGCAAAAGAUGAUAUUUUAUGGGAUGAUAUGCUAGAACGUGCAGAGUCAGUUGCUGAAAUUAAUAAAAGCGACCAUGUUGCUGCUUGUCUCAGAAGUAGUAUCCUAUUAAGUCUUAUUGAUGAGAAACUAAAAAUAAGGGAUCCUAGAGCAAAGGACUUUGCUGCAAGAUACCAAACAAUCCCCUUUCUUCCAUUUCUAACAAAGCCAGCAGGAUUCUCUCUGGAAUGGAAAGGUAACAGUUUUAAGCCUGAAACCAUGUUUGCAGCAACUGACCUUUAUAUAGCUGAACAUCAAGAUAUAGUUUGUCUUUUGCAACCGAUUCUCAAUGAAAACUCCCAUUCCUUCAGAGGUUGUGGUUCAGUGUCACUGGCUGUUAAGGAGUUUUUGGGAUUACUAAAGAAGCCAACAGUUGAUCUGGUUAUAAACCAGUUGAAACAAGUUGCAAAGUCUGUGGAUGAUGGAAUUACAUUGUACCAGGAGAAUAUCACCAAUGCUUGCUAUAAAUAUCUUCAUGAAGCAAUGACACAAAAUGAAGUAAUGAAGACAGCAGUUGUUGAGAAGUUAAAACCCUUUAGUUUCAUCCUGGUUGAGAAUGCCUAUGUUGACUCAGGAAAAGUUUCUUUUCAUUUGAAUUUUGAUGCAGCACCAUACCUUUACCAAUUACCUAACAAGUAUAAAAACAAUUUCCGUGAACUGUUUGAAAGUGUGGGUGUGAGACAGUCAUUUACUGUUGAGGACUUUGCCCUUGUUUUAGAAUCAAUUGAUCAAGAAAGAGGAAAAAAACAAAUAACAGAAGAGAAUUUUCAGCUUUGCCGACGAAUAAUCAGUGAAGGAAUAUGGAGUCUCAUUAGAGAAAAGAAACAAGAAUUUUGUGAGAAAAACUAUGGCAAAAUAUUAUUGCCAGAUACUAAUCUUAUACUUCUCCCUGCCAAAUCACUAUGUUACAAUGAUUGUCCCUGGAUAAAAGUGAAGGAUAGCACUGUAAAAUAUUGUCAUGCUGAUAUACCCAGGGAAGUAGCUGUAAAACUAGGAGCAGUACCGAAGAGACAUAAAGCAUUAGAAAGGUAUGCAUCCAACAUCUGUUUUACAACACUCGGCACAGAAUUUGGCCAGAAAGAGAAAUUGACCAGCAGAAUUAAGAGCAUCCUCAAUGCCUAUCCUUCAGAAAAGGAAAUGCUGAAAGAGCUUCUGCAAAAUGCAGACGAUGCGAAGGCCACAGAAAUCUGCUUUGUGUUUGAUCCUCGUCAGCAUCCAGUUGAUAGAAUCUUUGAUGAUAAGUGGGCUCCAUUGCAAGGGCCAGCCCUUUGUGUGUACAACAACCAGCCUUUUACAGAAGAUGAUGUGAGAGGAAUUCAGAAUCUUGGAAAGGGUACCAAAGAAGGGAAUCCUUGCAAAACUGGACAGUAUGGAAUAGGAUUCAAUUCUGUGUAUCAUAUUACGGACUGUCCUUCUUUUAUUUCUGGCAAUGACAUCCUUUGUAUCUUUGAUCCUCACGCCAGAUAUGCACCAGGAGCAACAUCUGUUAGCCCUGGACGCAUGUUUAGAGAUUUGGAUGCCGACUUUAGGACCCAGUUCUCAGAUGUUCUUGAUCUUUACUUGGGAAAUCACUUUAAACUGGAUAAUUGUACAAUGUUUAGAUUUCCUCUUCGCAAUGCAGAAAUGGCAAAAGUGUCAGAGAUUUCCUCUGUUCCAUCAUCAGACAGAAUGGUCCAGAAUCUUUUGGAUAAACUGCGCUCAGAUGGGGCAGAACUUCUAAUGUUUCUUAAUCACAUGGAGAAAAUUUCCAUUUGUGAAAUAGACAAGACUACAGGUGGUCUAAAUGUGCUUUAUUCAGUAAAGGGCAAGAUUACAGAUGGAGACAGAUUGAAAAGGAAGCAAUUUCAUGCAUCUGUAAUUGACAGUGUUUCUAAAAAAAGGCAACUCAAAGACAUACCAGUUCAACAGAUAACUUACACUAUGGACACUGAGGACUCUGAAGGAAAUCUGACCACAUGGCUAAUUUGCAAUAGAUCAGGAUUUUCAAGUAUUGACAAAGUAUCCAAAAGUGUUAUAUCAGCUCACAAGAACCAAGAUAUCACUCUCUUUCCACGUGGUGGAGUAGCUGCCUGCAUUACUCACAACUAUAAAAAGCCCCACAGAGCCUUCUGCUUUUUGCCCCUUUCUUUGGAGACGGGGUUGCCAUUUCAUGUAAAUGGCCACUUUGCCCUUGAUUCAGCCAGAAGAAACCUGUGGCGUGAUGAUAAUGGAGUUGGAGUUCGAAGUGACUGGAACAACAGCUUGAUGACAGCAUUAAUAGCGCCAGCAUAUGUUGAAUUACUAAUCCAGUUAAAAAAGCGGUACUUCCCUGGUUCUGACCCAACAUUAUCAGUUUUACAAAACACACCUAUUCAUGUUGUAAAGGAUACUUUAAAGAAGUUUCUUUCCUUUUUCCCAGUUAACAGGCUUGAUCUGCAGCCAGAUUUAUAUUGCUUAGUGAAAGCACUGUAUAGUUGUAUUCAUGAAGACAUGAAGCGUCUUUUGCCUGUUGUUCGGGCUCCAAAUAUUGAUGGUUCUGAUUUACACUCUGCAGUCAUAAUUACUUGGAUUAAUAUGUCAACUCUAAAUAAAACCAGACCAUUUUUUGACAAUUUGCUACAGGACGAAUUGCAGCACCUUAAAAAUGCAGAUUAUAAUAUUACAACUCGUAAAACAGUAGCAGAGAAUGUCUACAGACUGAAACACCUGCUUUUGGAGAUUGGCUUCAACUUAGUUUAUAACUGUGACGAAACUGCUAAUCUUUACCACUGCCUUAUAGAUGCAGACAUUCCUGUUAGUUAUGUAACUCCUGCUGAUGUUAGAUCCUUUUUAAUGACAUUCUCCUCUCCUGAUACUAACUGCCAUAUUGGGAAACUCCCUUGUCGUCUUCAGCAGACUAACCUCAAGCUUUUUCAUAGUUUAAAACUUCUAGUUGACUAUUGUUUCAAAGACGCAGAAGAAAAUGAGUUUGAAGUUGAGGGACUGCCUCUUCUCAUCACGUUGGACAGUGUUUUACAGACUUUUGAUGCCAAACGACCCAAAUUUCUAACAACCUACCACGAAUUGAUUCCAUCCCGCAAAGACUUGUUUAUGAACACGUUAUAUUUGAAAUACAGUACUAUUUUAUUGAGUGGUAAGGUGGCGAAAGUGUUUGACAUUUCCAGCUUUGCUGACUUGCUAUCUUCUGUGUUGCCUCGUGAAUAUAAGACCAAGAGUUGUACAAAAUGGAAGGACAAUUUUGCAAGUGAAUCUUGGCUUAAGAAUGCAUGGCAUUUUAUCAGUGAGUCUGUAAGUAUGAAAGAAGAUCAGGAAGAAACAAAGCCAACGUUUGACAUCGUGGUUGAGACUCUCAAGGACUGGGCCCUGCUCCCAGGAACAAAGUUUACUGUUUCAGCCAAUCACCUGGUGGUUCCUGAAGGGGAUGUUCUGCUUCCUUUAAGCCUUAUGCACAUUGCAGUUUUUCCCAAUGCCCAGAGUGAUAAAGUUUUUCAUGCUCUAAUGAAAGCUGGCUGCAUUCAGCUUGCUUUGAACAAAAUCUGCUCCAAAGACAGUGUGUUUGUUCCUCUGUUGUCAUGUCACACGGCCAACAUAGAGAGCCCCACCAGCAUAUUGAAAGCUGUACAUUACAUGGUGCAGACUUCAACCUUUAGAGCUGAAAAGCUGGUGGAAAGUGACUUUGAAGCCCUUCUUAUGUAUUUCAACUGCAAUUUGAGUCACUUGAUGUCCCAAGACGACAUAAAAAUUUUAAAGUCACUUCCAUGUUACAAAUCCAUCAGUGGGCGCUAUAUGAGCAUUGCCAAAUUUGGAACAUGCUAUGUACUGACAAAAAGUAUCCCUUCAACUGAAGUGGACAAAUGGACACAAUCAUCAUCAUCUGCAUUUCUUGAAGAAAAAACACAUUUAAAGGAACUGUAUGAGGUGCUCGGUUGUGUGCCUAUGGAUGAUCUUGAAGUGUAUUUGAAACACCUCUUACCAAAAAUUGAAAACCUCUCUUACGAUGCAAAAUUAGAGCACUUGAUCUAUCUAAAGAGUAGAUUAUCAAACAUUGAGGAAUUGUCUGAGAUUAAGGAACAACUGUUUGAAAAACUAGAAAGUUUACUGAUUAUCCACGAUGCCAACAGUCGGCUAAAGCAGGCGAAGCAUUUCUAUGACCGAAGUGUGAGGGUGUUUGAAGUUAUGCUUCCUGAAAAAUUGUUUAUUCCUAAGGACUUCUUUAAAAAAUUGGAACAACUUAUAAAGCCUAAGAAUCAAGUUGCAUUUAUGACAUCCUGGAUAGAGUUCUUAAGAAAUAUUGGACUAAAAUAUAUACUUUCUCAGCAACAGUUGUUGCAGUUUGCUAAGGAAAUCAGUGUGAGAGCUAAUACAGAAAACUGGUCUAAAGAAACAUUGCAAAAUACAGUUGACAUCCUUCUCCAUCACAUAUUCCAAGAACGAAUGGAUCUAUUGUCUGGAAAUUUUCUGAAAGAACUGUCCUUGAUACCAUUCUUAUGUCCCGAGCGAGCCCCUGCUGAGUACAUCAGAUUUCAUCCUCAAUACCAAGAGGUAAAUGGAACACUCCCUCUCAUCAAGUUCAAUGGAGCACAAGUAAAUCCAAAAUUUAAACAGUGUGAUGUGCUCCAGCUCUUGUGGACAUCCUGCCCUAUUCUUCCAGAGAAAGCCACACCCUUGAGUAUCAAAGAACAGGAAGGCAGUGACCUGGGUCCACAGGAACAGCUUGAACAAGUUUUGAAUAUGCUUAAUGUUAACCUGGAUCCCCCUCUGGAUAAAGUCAUUAAUAACUGCAGAAACAUCUGUAACAUAACAACUUUGGAUGAAGAAAUGGUAAAAACGAGAGCAAAAGUCCUGCGGAGCAUAUAUGAAUUUCUCAGUGCAGAAAAAAGGGAGUUCCGGUUCCAGCUUCGAGGUGUGGCCUUUGUGAUGGUAGAAGAAGGUUGGAAACUUCUGAAGCCUGAGGAGGUGGUGAUAAAUCUGGAAUAUGAAUCGGAUUUUAAGCCUUAUCUGUACAAGCUGCCUUUAGAGCUUGGCACAUUUCAUCAGCUGUUCAAACUCUUAGGUACUGAAGACAUAAUUUCAACUAAACAGUAUGUUGAAGUGUUAAGCCGCAUAUUCAAGAACUCUGAAGGGAAGCAGUUGGAUCCUAAUGAAAUGCGUACAGUCAAGAGAGUGGUUUCUGGUCUGUUCAAGAGUCUGCAGAAUGACUCAGUCAAGGUAAGGGGUGAUCUUGAGAAUGCCCGUGACCUCGUGCUCUACCUUCCAAGCCAGGAUGGUAGGCUGGUUAAAUCUAGCAUCUUAGUGUUUGAUGAUGCACCACAUUACAAAAGUAGAAUCCAGGGGAAUAUUGGUGUGCAAAUGCUUGUUGACCUCAGCCAGUGCUACUUAGGGAAAGACCAUGGAUUUCAUACGAAGCUGAUAAUGCUCUUUCCUCAAAAGCUCAGGCCUCGUCUGUUGAGCAGUAUACUUGAAGAGCAGUUGGAUGAAGAGACCCCCAAAAUCUGUCAGUUUGGAGCAUUGUGCUCCCUUCAGGGGAGACUUCAGCUGCUCCUCUCCUCAGAACAGUUCAUCACAGGACUGAUUAGGAUCAUGAAGCAUGAGAAUGAUAAUGCUUUCCUGGCCAAUGAAGAAAAAGCCAUAAGACUUUGCAAAGCCCUUAGAGAAGGAUUAAAGGUAUCCUGUUUUGAAAAGCUUCAGACAACAUUAAGAGUUAAAGGUUUUAAUCCCAUUCCCCACAGCAGAAGCGAAACAUUUGCUUUUCUGAAAAGGUUUGGCAAUGCUGUUAUCCUCCUAUACAUUCAACAUUCAGACAGUAAAGACAUUAAUUUCCUGUUAGCCUUAGCAAUGACCCUGAAAUCAGCCACUGACAACUUGAUUUCCGACACUUCCUAUUUAAUUGCUAUGCUGGGAUGCAAUGAUAUUUACAGGAUCAGUGAGAAGCUAGACAGUUUAGGGGUAAAAUACGACUCAUCAGAGCCAUCAAAGCUGGAACUUCCCAUGCCUGGCACGCCAAUACCUGCUGAAAUUCACUAUACUCUCCUUAUGGAUCCAAUGAAUGUUUUUUAUCCAGGAGAGUAUGUUGGGUACCUGGUGGAUGCGGAAGGUGGUGACAUCUAUGGAUCAUACCAGCCAACAUACACAUAUGCAAUUAUUGUGCAAGAAGUUGAGAGAGAAGACUCUGACAAUUCUAGCUUUCUAGGGAAGAUAUAUCAGAUCGACAUUGGUUAUAGCGAAUAUAAAAUAGUCAGCUCUCUCGAUCUGUAUAAGUUCUCCAGGCCUGAUGAAAGCUCCCAGAACAGAGACAGUGCCCCUUCGACACCAACCAGCCCCACAGAAUUCCUUACCCCUGGACUGAGAAGCAUUCCCCCACUUUUCCCUGGCAGAGAGAGCCACAAGACUUCAUCUUCAAAGCAUCAUUCCCCCAAAAAGCUCAAGGUAAAUUCUUUACCAGAGAUCUUAAAAGAAGUAACAUCGGUGGUGGAACAAGCCUGGAAACUUCCAGAAUCAGAACGGAAAAAGAUAAUUAGACGGUUGUAUUUGAAGUGGCACCCUGACAAAAAUCCAGAGAAUCAUGACAUUGCUAAUGAAGUCUUUAAACAUUUGCAGAAUGAGAUCAACAGGUUAGAAAAACAAGCCUUUCUAGAUCAGAAUGCUGACAGAGCCUCUAGGAGAACAUUUUCAACCUCAGCGUCUCGAUUUCAGUCAGACAAGUACUCCUUUCAGAGGUUUUAUACUUCGUGGAAUCAAGAAGCCACAAGCCACAAAUCUGAAAGACAACAACAAAACAAAGAAAAGUGCCCUCCAUCAUCUGGACAGACUUAUUCCCAGCGAUUCUUUGUUCCUCCUACUUUCAAGUCUGUUGGUAAUCCAGUGGAAGCACGGAGGUGGUUGAGACAGGCCAGAGCAAAUUUUUCAGCUGCCAGAAAUGACCUUCACAAGAAUGCCAAUGAAUGGGUGUGUUUUAAAUGCUAUCUUUCUACCAAGUUGGCUUUGAUCGCAGCCGACUAUGCUGUGAGAGGCAAGUCUGACAAGGAUGUAAAGCCAACUGCGCUUGCACAGAAAAUAGAGGAAUACAGUCAGCAACUUGAAGGACUGACAAAUGAUGUGCACACAUUGGAAGCUUACGGCGUAGACAGUUUAAAAACCAGAUACCCGGAUUUACUCCCUUUCCCACAGAUCCCAAAUGACAGGUUCACUUCUGAGGUUGCCAUGAGGGUGAUGGAAUGCACUGCCUGUAUCAUAAUCAAACUUGAAAAUUUCAUACAACAAAAAGUGUGAAAGUACUUAAAGAAAACUUAAAAAUAGCAGAGCCAGAUCUUGAAUGUGUUGUAGCACAAAUAGGAAUUUGCUGUACUCCAUUAAGCUUCAUUGCCUAGGAAUUGUGAAGCACAUUGCAGAAUGUUGUAAAAGAAUUGUGGAGUUGGUGUGACUUUGUGUCCCUGUAGGAAGCUCAAAGAAAAUUCUCUUGAAGAUGGUAGUGAGCUGCAACAUUGCUAGCUGUGUUUGAAUGAUGAAGAUGGCACACUACUGAACUGCACUUUACCCAACCAAAGCUUAGCAGUUUGCCAGAUGUCUGCUUAAGAUGGAAUGAGUUUUAUGUUCUAGCCAUGGUGUUUUUGAAGGAGCAAAAAUGAAACACUGUGUGUUACUGGUUUGUAUUGGUUUGAGUAAACAGGGGAGUCAGGUAGGUCUUUGGAGCUUUUUUGUUUUAAAUCAUAUCCUCUUGGAUGCAUUAUUUUCUCAUCAGCUGGACCUGAUGAAUUUGUUGUAAUUGUUCAUCUUGAAUACUUAGUGCAUUUAAAAAUGGUACAGUAUUUUAAUCCUAUUACUUGAUAACAGUAUGAAGACAGUCCUGAGGGUGCACUGAGUGCACUUUACAUCUUUUUUUUUUUUUUUUUUUUAAUGCCGGAACUGGGGUAGGCCUUGAGUUCUCCCUUAGCUUUCUUGCUCAAAGCUGGUGUCCUACCACUUGAGCCACAACUCCAUUUC